AUGCUUGGCGGACUGCUAUGGGGACUUGCGAACAGUACAGCCAUAAUGUUGACGGAUACGUUGGGACUAGCACUGGCGAUGCUCAUUUGGAAGACCGUAUCAUGCAUCACAGGCUGGGCCAUAUCACGAUUCGGUCUAUUUGGCAUAAAUGCAGCACCACCUAAGAGCGGUUUGCUUAACUAUUUGGGACUUGUACUCUUGGUUCUCGGGUGA